AUGAUUGCUUAUAACAACAAGCAAUAUUAUAUUGACAUUGUUGAAACGAAACCUUUCCAUGGCAUUAGUAUUGUUGACACAGAUUGUGAGGUUGAUUUUGUUCAACCUCUUGAUUAUGAGGAACCUGAGAAACAACUACCAGCUGAUUCAUUUGAUAAGGGACAUUCAGAGGUUCAUGAUUCUAUAAUGAAGAAUAGCAAGAUCAUUCCAUUCAGUGGUACUGGAAGACGUUUGGAUGGUAAACCUACACAAUCAAUGGAAGAAAGUUCAUUUUCGUUGCCAAAGCAGCAACAGAAGGAACAUGAAACCAAGAAUUCUAUUUCUGAAACAUCACGUAGAACUCCUGGAAAGGUUGUUUUUGGGUCAAGUGUGAAUGCAUCCAAGACUCAGACAACUCCAAAGGCUUCUCAGAAAAGCAUAACUGAAGCAUAA